GAAUUUGUUAGCAACUGCACACUUUUUGAGCAUCAGGAACGCUCAUGGAUGAUGCUUUAUGGGGGAUCAUCUCAUCCAAUGAAAUGCUUAGUCUGUACAGUAAAACAUGAUCGAUUAGUGUCGAUCUCCGUCAUAAUCUUAUCCAACUUUUUUGCUGCAAGCAUGAGCAAGAUGCAUCCCAAGGUUGACGUCACUCUAGCUGCCGGGAUAGCCAGCAAUCAGGAUUUGGAACUCACAAGUAUUUCUGCUUCUUUUCUGUAUUUCAUGUCUUGCAUUCCCCAUUUUCAUUUUGACCUGCAUUGUCACUCUUGCAUCUAAAAGCAGAUCAGAUCUUCAAAUCAGUACAUAUCACUACAACACAGACAGCCGCCAUCAUGCCGACUAUGCUUGGUCUCACCAACGAUCGCUCGCCUCAUGGGCUUAACGCUGAAGAGAGCAAAUUCGGUGGCCCCUCUAGCCAAAGAGGCAUGGAGCUUACCCCGCGCCAACAAAAUGGUAGCAUUGUUUCCGGCAUCGAAGGCUCCGACUUCUUCAACGGCGGUGGCAAGCAAAAGGAGCACGACGCAGAUGAGGAAUCAGAUGAGGAGAACCUCAAGACCAUCAAGGGCCGUAACCUCUCUGCCGUCAAGGAGAUGGAGACUCUUCUCUGGCGUGCCCUCUGCGACAAGCCCAAGACUGCUCUCAAGUACAUCGCCAAGGACGCCGUCAUGUCAAACCGCUUCCUCUUCGGCGACCCAGUCCCCCGCACUGCUGACUCUGAUCCCUCUCUAGAGGAAGAGAUCAAGCACUGUGAGGAGUGGCUCGCCUAUAAGAUGCACGACCCCCAGCCCGUCGAGAUUGGCCUCAUGGCUGCUGCCAUUGGCUACAAGGUCACCCUAUUCCGCCAACUUGACCAAGGAGAUGGCAACUUUGGUAUGCAGACCGUUCAAGCUACAUGCUCGAGCUCCUGGAGGCAACUUGCUAGUGGAGAUUGGGAGCUUACUAGUAUGUUUGCUGGUUAAACGGAUUGAUGAUUUGGAUGGUUGCAUGAUUGCAUGAAAUGGAUCGGCGUUAAUGAUGAAUGGAGUAUUGGUUGGUGAUUCGUGCCUAAAGGAGCUACAUCAUAAAUAUGAAUAACAGGUUACUUCCGCAUAAAGUUGCUAUGUAAAAUCUUUUGUCAUUCUUUUAGUUGACUCUCUCACCUUUAUGGCAACGACAGAGGGGAUGACCUAUGGUGCUGUUUACACAAUAUGAGGUAAACAAGAAGGCUUUUAUCAUGUGACAAACAACGCUUUAUCCUUAAUUUCACUAAUAUAAGCUUCUUGAGACCUU